GCUUGACUCUCACCUCGACUACCAUCUUGUCUACAACCAGCACAGUACUUAGACCUCAGGGAUCUCCUACUUUGCUUUGGACGGCGCAUAACCACUAUGAAAGUCGAUAUCGUAUCUAGGAUCCUGUGGCAGUGCUUGCUGCCAGCGAUACCACGGCUAUGCCUACGUUUUGACUGAAGAAGGGCACGACAAAUAAAAAUAUAUACAAUAUGUACUAGAACAUUCAGCAACGAUAGUGUCUGCUGCGGACCCAAGCAAGAGUCAUCUAGCAUCUGACGCACGCUGGUUCGUUCUAGGAUCGGCGGUUGGGCCCGCACUAUGUGGUACUAUAUGCACCGUGGAUCGCAAGACGUGGGGCUGCGCAGCGUCCGUAUCUCUUCAAUCGUCGAUGGAAUUCUAACCUAGAUGCCCAUAUUACCGUUUUCUACUCUUCUACUUCAUUUUUCAUCACACCUCCCACGUCAUAAAUGGUUUCCGUAUACAACAUUGCACCCGUUGACUUGCGCAGGCCCCGAGCCUGAUUCUUCGGCAGGAUUCCAUGAUCUCUAGUCAUGCAGUCUUCUACCCUUUUCCGGCGACAAGAGUCAUUUCGAUUUUCUCACUACCUCGGUACCGUAUACUAAACCGCAUUUUAACCCCCGGAUCCUCACAUACAGACCGAAUUCAAUCAUACACGUUCCAGGAUAGAUGCCGCUUUUGCAACCUCUUGACUCGAAAUGAUGUCGGAGACUAUUGCGGUACUCACAUGUUUACGAAUCGAACGCAGAAAAUCAAUGCCGAGGUCUGCGCAUCCGUCGUAUUGUUGCAGAAGCACCGAGGCUGGACAAUGUCUUCCUCACCUACGUUUCUAAUCAGAUUUCCAGGACCUUCUCGGGGCAUCCACUGUUUUGUUUUGACAAUACCGCAGCUUCAGGAAUGACUCGCCCCAAUUAUGCCUUGAUAGACAUUGCCCUAGACGUCCAUACUUGGGGUGUUUACUUACUUCGUCCGGACAACGAGGCAACCUCACAUUAUAGUAUAUAAGACCUGUAUCUACCAGUGAAUGUCCUUCCAAUACAGCAUGAUUCUCGACCCGAAACCCUACAUUUUUUGCCUGAGUUCAAUUGGCUUCGCCGUAGUAUGUGUGAUUAUAACAAAUUGGAUUCGAGCCCGCCCCAUGGCGUCCACCUUCGACCCCGCUCACCCUGCUCAUCCCGCUCAUCCUGCUCACCCUGCUCACCCUGCUCACCCUACCCGCCAGACUCAUCCCCCCAUCCACCAGCCUCUACUACUGCCACCGCAUGCCCACCUUACUCAGGUACUUGGCCUAAUGAACAAUUUCAUUAGUACCAGUGAUACACCCAGCCACACCACCAUCUAUUGCAACACAAAGAAACUAAUCCCUGGAGAGGACUUUGGAACUCCCUUUGGCAACCUGGCCACUGUUUCAGUGGAUGACAUGUUUCAUGGAAACAAUGGCCAGGUUGUCAAAGAAUCGAUACCAUUUGGUAUUUUCAUUCAAACCCUCACCUUCAAGGUGAUGGUCUCGACGUUAUUUAAUGUCGAUCUUGCCUCCUUCAAUCCCUCAGACGUUGAUUUCAUUAUCACGGGAAUCAACACCUUACAGAAUGUUUCCGAGUUCACCACGCUUCACAAGAACCUCAUUGAAAAUCUCAAUAAUCGUCUGAAAAGAUGGCUUCCAAACAUCGGCACCACAGAUCCCCUCGACUACAUCGUACCAAUGUACAUAACGAUGUCGCACGUCGUCGCCGUUGGAGUAGUGCUUUUACAUGAUCGUGCUGAUGCACGGGAGCCAUUGGAGAAUUACUUGGGGGUUCCCACAUCGACGCAGUUUAGCCACUGGCUGACUGCGACACCCUGCCCAAGUGUCGAAGCGCACCUCACCGAGAGUAUGCGUCUCUACCCGCCGACCAAGUGCAUUGUGCGGACAAUCAGCAGCCUCCCUCACGCUCUUUUUGCCAUCUUACCGAAGCCCCUGACCCAAUACUUUACUCGCACAAUCUCAGUGGACAUAGAUGCCGUCCAUCGAGAUGUCUCCAUCUGGGGAGGAAAUGCGAAUGAGUUCGAUGCGUUCCGUCACCGAGGAGAUCGCAUUACUGAGCGACAGAGGGAAAGCCUACUUCACUUCGGGAUCGGUCAGUCCCUGUGCGUGGCUAGUAAAUGGGCUCCGGAAGCUGCUGGCUUAUUGAUCGCAGCAGUCGUCGGGAGAGCCGGAGAAGAGGGAGACUUCUGGAUUGAAGAAGGCGAAGAGAUAGGAGGACGAGACGGAUGGGAAGGAUGGUGCAUCGUACCCCAUUGAUCUCAAAUGCAUCCAUGCCGUGUUUCUUUCAUAUGCCUACCUUUUUUCACUUUUCCCCUUAUUGUGUACGUUCGCGAUCGUCGAGGUCUUGGUUUCGCUUGUCCGUGCUUGAGAUAGUAUAGCAAUUGUCUUCCUUAGAUUAUACCGCCUUUGGCAAUACACAGUCAAUCGCAAUCGACCGG